UCUUUGGCUCUCUCUCUCUCUCCCUCUGAUUCACUCACUCCUCGGGGUCUCUUCUACUUUGCUCGUCUUUCCCCCCACUCUCUCCCUCUGCUCUGUGGAGUGAAGCAACCUCAGAGGUGUCUGACACCCUCCAACACAAGCAGGUGCACCACUUCAGUGAUGCGACCUCUCUCCAACUAUUUAUCACAAUAAGCUGCCCUUUGAGAGGAGCGUGAACUGCAUUUGCACAAUAACCUUGUGUUUUGUUUUGUUUGUUUGUUUUUUUCCUAGAAAAGAGUACGGGCGCGCACUGUGCUUUUACGCAUGGAAGUUGGAAUCAGCCUAAUUACAUUUACGCAUGGCUGUGCCUCGUCUCUUCGGAAGAUGCGUCCGGGCUUAUGAGAGCGUGUCAGGGCGUCAAGAGGGGCGUAAAAAGUGAGCAAAGAUGCGGGGCACUGAGCUUCUGCUCGGAUACUUUCUGGUGAAAGUUAUGGUGUGCGACGCGGAGGGCGAGCCGGGUCAUACCGUCGACGACUACAUGAUAGUGACCGGGUUUAACGAUUCAAAGGAAGGGGAGAGCGGAGUCACGGAGAACCCGCACAUGGAGGACAAGUGCCGCGGCUACUACGACGUGAUGGGCCAGUGGGAUCCGCCGUUCGUGUGCAGGACGGGCAGCUACCUGUACUGCUGCGGCACCUGUGGCUUCAGGUUCUGUUGUGCGUUUAAAAACUCCCGGUUGGACCAGACCACCUGUAAGAACUACGACACCCCGCCGUGGAUGAUGACUGGAAGACCCCCACCGAAAGUGGAUGUGGCGCUGGACACCGCGAAGGAUAAAACCAACCUCAUUGUGUAUGUCAUAUGCGGGGUCGUGGCCAUUAUGGCACUCAUAGGAAUUUUCACCAAGCUGGGAUUGGAAAAGUCGCACCGUCCACACCGGGAAAACAUGUCGAGAGCUCUUGCACAUGUUAUUCGCCAUCCUGCCUCAGAACAUACGGAUGACAUUGGACUUGGCCAGCACUACGAGAACAUAGAAACCAGAGUCACAGUUAACAGUCUCCAUAGCAACCAGAUGAACAACAUGGCUCAAACAUCUACUCUGAUAACACAGCCUUACCCAGCUGUGGGACAGAUCACUAGCCCCUAUGAACAACAGAAGCCUGUCAAGGAUCUCAACAAGUAUGCCACGCUCAAGGCUGUGGCAGAGAAAGCUAAUGACAGCUUCUACAGCAACCGACGGCAAGUGAUCGAGAUGACAACCAAGGGCAGCCUUCCCAUGGAAGCUGUGGAUAUGGAGCCAGAGCCAAGUAAUCCUUACAGCCCACCCAGACAGCUGUCUGCAAAGCAGAAUGGACACAAGUACAAAACCCCAAGAAGCCACAGCUCCCAGUCACUGUCCUACGGUUCCAACACUGCUGCCAGCCCAGUAGUGCUAAGAUCCUGGGACAGCAAGGACACGCUGGGACUUCGACAGAGCUAUGGCCCAAAAAAACUCUGUAUUGUAGAGAAGGAGGUGCACACCACUCGAUAUCUGCCUCCACAACCAUACUUUGUCACCAACAGCAAGACAGAAGUGACAGUAUGA